GGCUGCUAGGGCAGUGACCGAGCAUCUCGGAUGGCGGCGUUCCGCCAUUUCCGUUAGCUCGGCCCCCGCGGAAGGGCUAACUCCCGGGUCCGGUGGAAGGCAAUCCCGGCUCGCAGGGGCGCUCUGGCGCUCCCCGUGCCCAGGCUGCUCGAAGGGUCUGUCACUGAACCUGAAGCUCACCAGUUCAGCUAGACUGCCUGGCCAGUGAACUCCAAAGACUGACCUGUCUCUCCCUUCCUGUUGCUGGAAUUACAGAAAGUAUUUGCUGGCCUCCUAUCCUGGAAAAAUAGCUGGACUUUCCAGGAUACAGUGAGUACAAGCAAGUUGCUGUAGAGUGACAAGAACCUCACAAACUAAAAAAAGAGAAAGCAUCUUGGACAUUGCGUAACAGAAGAGAGUAUCUCCUAAGGUGCUUGUCAGCUGUGAAAAUGUCUGACAAGAACCAAAUCAUUGCCAGGGCUUCCUUGAUUGAGCAACUGGUGUCUAAAAGGUAUUUUGAGGAUAUUGGUAAACAGCUUACUGAGCUAGAAAUGAUUUAUGUGUCUAAGGAGCAUCUGCAGGAGACAGAUGUAGUCAGAGCUGUUUACAGAGUCCUCAAAAACUGCCCAUCAGUGGCUUUAAAGAAGAAGGCCAAGUGUCUGCUGGCCAAGUGGAGAGGUUUCUAUAAGAGUGCACACUUCAAACCAAGGCAAAGCCCUAAAGUACUCCAUACAAAUGUUAAUAAAGAAGAAAGUGUAGCAGUUUCUCAGGAUGUAAGCCAGGAUGAAACCUCAGGCUCUAGCCAUAGUGAGAUAAUGGGUCUCUGCAGUUCUCUCUCUAGGCUGUUACCCCAAGAUGCUGCAAAACCUGCUGCAGCAAUUGGGUCUGAAAGUAGCACUGCUCAAAUGGAAAUUAAUGAAGAAUAUUUGAAGGGUGAUGACUCUGAAUGCACUCGCAAGAGCUCAGGUGUGUUUCAAGGUACUUUAGUGUCUGUGAGAACUAAGUGCGUAGAACUUCUUUCCACAGCAUUAGCUAGUUCUUGCACAGAUCACACAGAAGUUCACAUAUGGCAGAACUUAGCAAGAGAAAUUGAAGAGCACAUUUUUACCCUUCAUUCAAACAAUAUCAAAAAAUAUAAAACUAGUAUUCGAAGCAAAGUUGCCAAUUUGAAAAACCCCAGAAAUUUUCAUUUACAACAAAACCUCCUCUCUGGAACCAUGUCUGCAAGGGAGUUUGCUGAAAUGACUGUCUUGGACAUGGCAAGCCAGGAACUCAAGCAACUGAGAGCUUCCUACACAGAAUCCAGCAUUCAGGAACACUGCCUUCCCCAAUCAGUUGAUGGCACAUGGACAAAUAAAAUUAAGUGUAGGCGCUGUGAUAAAUACAACUGCAAGGUCACUGUGAUUGCUAGAGGAACACUUUUCCUUCCAAGUUGGGUGCAGAAUUCAAACCCAGAUGAACAAAUGACCUAUGUCAUUUGUAAUGAAUGUGGGGAGCAGUGGUACCAUAACAACUGGGUGUGCUUGUGAUUUGUAAAUAAUCCUUUCAAGGGCAUAUGUUUUAUAUGUAUAACCUAACCUUUUGUGCU